UGGAUUUCAGCAGCGGAGCAGAGCAGUCGGCCCGCGAUCAGUUCCCCGGAUUGAGUGCGAAUCAGCGGAUCCACGUGCCGAGCAUAGAAACUAGCGAAUAAAUACAUCACCAGAUCGGCAAUAAAACACGCAGUGGCUGAUAAGGCUGCAGGCAAUAAAAAACGUUCAAAUAAAAAGACAAAAACUCAGGAAUCCAUCUAUAUACAGCCAAGAUGAUGUCACACACUGUAAGGGUUUUCAAGAUGAUGUACAUCGUGGCGGGCAUCCUCAUCAGCAAUGCGGAGAUCUGCGACACAGUCGACCGCAUUCAAAUAGCGCCACGCGUCGACCUCAAGCCGGAAUUUGACCAGAAGUACCUAACCUCUGGCGGCAACAGCCCCGGCUCCCGAUCCCGCACCCAUUCCCGUCAGAAUUCCGGAAGUUGUUCGGGCUCCGAGGACGGGGCUCCCACCAAAAAGCGCAGGGUCAGCGUUUCUGGGAUAGCAGGUGGCGUGGUCAGAGGCGUCACUAGCCAGGUCUCCAAGAGGGUGGGUCACCGCUUCGUGUGGAUCUCGGACCUUCGGCUCAUCCUCCAGCAAUGGCGAGUGCUGGCCCUCAGCUUCAACCUCUGGACCAUCCCCAACUUCUUCGUCCAGUGCCUCACCAGCUACAUGAGCAAGAAGCUCCUCAUCAACAGCGACUGUGAUAUGAUCUACAAGUAGGCUACUAGGGCAGCUACAUCGAGAGGUUGCAAGUUUAUUGUUACUUUAGUUUUUACAUAGCUUUAAGAUCUGAAUAAACAACUGCUAGACAUAGA